CACGUCAAUGUAAUUGAUUCCAUCUUCUGACGUAUUUUUUAUUCUUUGUUUGUGAAUGAAUUCUUUAUUUUUAUUUUAUGGAUAUGCUUACGGAAUACGUCGAUACGACACCGACAUUAUAUGGUCUCCCUAUGCUGAAAAUCAGGCGGCUAUGUGCACCUCUGAAAAUCAAGUUCAAUGAGAUAAUGAUGUAUCAAAGGUGGUGGAUAUCAUUUGCUACACUGUCUUGUUCGGUGUGCCUGGACCAUCAACGGCAAAAACAAAAGCUCUGAUUCGUCGUGGACUCACUUUCAAUGCCGCUGCCAAAAGAAAGUAUUACCAAGAUAUGGACUCUGAAUCUGACUCGUCGUUGGAACCGCUACCAAAAUUGAAGAGAAAAGCAAAGGAAACAACCCACAUGGAAAAACAAGAUGAUCUUGAAUUUGUGAUCAACUACCGGCGAAAUUUGACUGGAAAAAUGAACUGGAAAAUGUGCUUAGAAGCUGGUCAUAAAAAGAAACUUAAGCCAACGUUACUCCAACGGAGAAUCAUCCGAAGCUUCUUCUACAACGCUACCAAGAAAUGAUUUAUGCCCAUUAGCUUUUUUACCCUUUUCUGUGUAUAGUAUAGCAUAUUCACUAAUUACAAAAAAAAA